GUAUAGUUAGAGAUUAGAGGAGGAGAAGUAGAAGGAGACUGAGGAGAAGGAGGUAGAGAUGGCUAACAUACCGGUGCAAGGCGCACCACUCCAGGGCUACGGGAACGUUGCUCCGUUUACGGGGGUGCAGUCGGGCGUUAUUAUGUGCCAUAUAUGUGGUAAGGUGGGGCAUUAUGCCCGUAACUGUUGGUCUGGUGGUAACGGGAGACCCGUGUCCGGUCCACCGACCAUCACGAAUGGGACACAGGAUGAUGAUAUGAAAGAAAUGAAGGAGUUCUCUAGGGAGAAGAUGAGGAAACAGAAAGCAGAUUUGAAAAGGAGAGAAAAGGAGGAGGAGGAGAAAAGGAGGAAAGAAGAGGAGAAUAGGAGAGAGCACGAUAGGUUGAAAGAAGCCGAGGCACGGGAAGCUCGGAUGGAAGCGAGGCUGGUACGAUUCUUGGCGCAGCACUCGAAGACGGUGGACAGAGGAGAAUCUUCGGUUAAGAAGAAGUCGCCCAAGACCAAGGCUAGGAUGCUUCGGGAGAUCAGGAGCUAUCUCGUUGAAUCGGAAGAUGAUAGCGAAGAAGUUAAGGAAGAAGCGGGGAAAUUGAUCGAGGCGAUAGAGAGGCGAAAGGGAAAGAGGAAAGAAACUGCGGGAGGAGGGGUGGUAUCAAGGAACCUGCGAAAGGGGCAACAAGGUGAUCUGGUGAUGGUGGAGGAAGAUGAUGAAGUACGGACACCGCCUGCGGCCAGGAGAGGGGAAGGCCAGGAUGCCGCAAGCACGGACAUGCUGGAAUUUGCUAUCGAAAUGCAUCGACAUCUGUCGGAGAAAAAGGUGUCCGAGCUGAGGAAAUUGUGCAAUCGUGAGGGAAUUGAAUGGUCCCCGCGCGACGUUGCGAUUGGCGAAUUGGUCAAGUGCAAAGCCAAGCUUGCUUAUGGCGAGAACAAUGCGCCGACCAAUGAUCCGGGGGUAUAUGCUGUUGUGAGCCCGUUCUGCCGCCACUUCUACAUUGGAGCUACCACCAGGAAGAUUAUCAUACGUUGGUCUGAUCACGUGAAAGGAGCAAUUAGAAAGGAGGCAGGAAAUGCCCCGAAGCUGCAUAACUGGUUGAAGAUCUUUGGGUGGGAUAAAUAUCUCGUGCUCCCUUUGGUAUGUAAUGCAUCUGACCCCUUCGUAGUAGAAAGCACAUUGAUCCGGAGGUUUUCUCCUGCUUUGAACACCCAGGGAAGUAGGAAGGAGGGAAUAGCACGAAGGAAGAAGAAGGGAAAAAGGGAAAGGGGGAAGCGGAACAAUAACGAGAGGGGAGGUAGUGUGAUCUUGUUUAAUGGGAAAGCCUCGAUCAUUGACGCGAUUUUGGAAUUGAAGGAGGACAGCAGGAUCAAGCAGAUUCGCUCGUCCGGGGGAGUAGUGUGGGAGGAUAAAUGGCAGAGCGUUAAGGGGAAAGUGGGGGGUUGUAUUCUGGAGAUUGGGGGGAAGGGUAUUCCUCUUCGCGAAUGUAGGAAAAAGUUAAAAGAGGGGGGUAACUUUUCGAUCAGGAGUAUUGUGGUAAUCUCAUCAAGUGUGACGAGAAGAAAGAACAUUCUCCGGGAAUUGAUGCGCCGACCCGGGAAUAUUCGUAGCAUUUAUAAGCUAGGUUCUGAAGAGAUCAUCAAUCUUCAUAGGACUUCCGGACUGUUCUGUGAGAAGAAGACUCACAAUCAUCUGAGGUACGCAAUUUCGAACGUUGCGAGAAGGAAGUAUGGAGUAGAAAUGCGUAGGAGGCCAUGCGUGAAGAUCCCAUUUUCACCGUUGAUUAGACUGGGUGAGGUAAGACGGUUGACCUCGAACGUUCUCGCUCAGAUUUUGCCAGAUAAGUACAUUCGUGCCUUUGUAGGGAGACGGGUCAGGGUUGUGCUGAAGAAGAGUGUCACGGUGGGAGGUGUGAUCCACAACCAUUGGUUGUACGCGGGGGAAAGUGAGGCUACAUGCACGUUUCAUUAUCUGGACUUACCCAGGUUUAAGAGACACGUAAAAGUGAGGCUUGAGCACGUCCAUGGCAUUCCAGCAUUCGUGAUGAACUCAAAGAAUGUCACCAGAGGAAUGAGGAUUUCGCAUAAGAUGUUGGCAGAAUGUGUGUUGGAGGGAGUUAAGCCGUGGGCGAAGGGGAAGGCCAUGAAUAUUGAUCGAGAAUCGAUUGAAAGAUGCUUUGAUACUAGGAGGGGCGUUGGCGUGUUGGCAAUGUCGACUGGAGAGGUAAGAGAGGUGAUGACAGAUUUCCAGAACUUGGUGGCGGUUCCCGUAGAUAGGAACCCGGGCGCUAGUCUGAUACCUUGCCCGUACUUGUACAUUACAGCGUGUAAGGAGAUCUUCAACCUGAGUGCGAGCUUUGUUGAGGUCUUUCGAAGCGAGACUGAAGUCUUGGCGGAGAUGAAAAGGGAGUAUGAAGAGAAGGGGUUGCAGAGAGUAGCUAGGUGGCAGACUUCCGGGAAGGUAGGACACGCAUAUGUCCUUCCAAAGGAUAAGGAUCUUCAAAGAUGGCGUCCCAUUUUGCCAUGCACACACGACCCAGCUAGGUUAGCAGGGUCGAGAGCGGGGAAGGCGAUUAGAUAUAUGCUGUUUGGGUUGGACCGGAGAUGCCACUUUGAUUUGAAAUCAAUGGACGAGUUAAGAGAAGUAUGCGGUCGGGUGGAGUCGAAGUUGGGAGCCAAAGCCGACGCAGCGUAUGCUAGACGCUAUGAUGUCAAAGAGAUGUUCUCCCGACUGUCUCAUCAGAGCAUACUGGAGGCAGUCGCAUGGUUGAUUGAGUGUCACAAGGAGAGAGGAAUGAUCGAAGUGAAAGUAUGCGCGAGGGGGAAGAUAUGUGCGAUGACGAAGAGAGCAAGGAAGGAAGAAGGAUUUGUUCUCAUGAGCUUUGAAGACAUCCGAGCUAUCGUCGAGUUCGAACUGAACCACACUUUCGUGAAGUGCACCGGAGGAAUGUUCAAGCAAAUAUUUGGCAUUCCUAUGGGACGAAACUCGAUUCCAGCCAUCGCGUGCCUGGUGUGUGCAUGCACUGAAGCCAAGUUUGUGCGAUCACUGGGUAGAAGAGCCGGUUUGGUAAUGGGCUUACGCAUGAUUGAUGACGUGGCUAUCAUUGCGGCCUUCAGUUCUGACAAUGAACACUCGGCACGGAACGCAGAGAUGAUGAUGGCGAGGUUUGAGAAAUGUUACGAUCAAGAGCUGACACUGGUCAAGAAAGACGAGGGAAAGAAUGCCUUUGAUUUCCUAGGCACCAGGAUAAUCGUACAGAUUCAGCCGCUGAAGAUCGCCGUACACCCAAGAACAAGGAAUCAACUUCCCCUCGCAGAGAAUGGGGCUUUAACUAUCCAGUCGCUGCAUGAUUAUACCUCGUUCUCGAAGAAAUCAUGUAAGAGAGCUACUGUUUUUUCGAAUCUCAUCAGAAUGUCGAAGCUGGCAAGCUCAGAAGAAGCUAUGAUGGCGUCCAUUGCCGCUCUGAUGAUGGAAAUUUGCCUCCGGGGCUACCCCCCGGAGGUCUCUCUCGGGGCCCUGGCGCGGUUUGCCAGGGUGUCCGGUGGAAGCUUACGGAUUGUCCUCGAUGUGGCUGCUUGGUUGGACGGACUGGCACCUGGCCUAAUGACUCUUGGGAUCUUGGCAGAAGCUUGUGGUAGCUUCUAAAAAUACUCUUCCGUGCGUAACUGUUAUCUAUCAGUGACUUCCCACCACAAUCUACUUAACUAACCUUUCUAGGCUUCUGGCCACAAUCUA